AUGGUUCACAGCAUCCCAUCCUUUUCCACAGCCACCUCCGGCCGAGAUGACUCUAAGGGCAGCAUGAGCACGCCAGCUGGCUCAAGUGCAGGAAAGGUCACUGUCACUUUCCACCUCACACAGCGCCCCAGCAUCAGUGUCAUCACUGUCCAGAUUGUGAAGCACUCCAAGGCCAUGGCAAAAGUCUACAUAACAAAUCCUGACCAAACACCUGCUAAGAAUGUGGAAGUAGAGGUCAAUCCUGGAGGGGUCAGUGGUCAAACAAAAGAGAACGGCAUUGCAAAAGUUACUGUCAACACUCCGGAAGGAUCUUCUACAUUGGAGAUUACUGUAAAGACCAAAGAUCCACAAUUAAGUGGCGAACAGCAGGCAAUGAAGAAGAUGACAGCUCAGGCUUACAAGCCGAAAGAUGGCUCCAACAACUACCUGCACAUCGGCAUUGAUGCUGCAGCACUUCAGAUCGGUGAUCAAAUGAAAGUCAAUCUGAACUUAGGAAGGAGUCCAAGAGUGGUAGAUCAAGAUUUCACCUACAUGAUCUUAAGUAAAGGUCAGAUCAUUCAAGCAGACAGGUUUAUACGAAGAGGACAAUCUCUAGUGUCUCUGUCUCUGCCUGUAACCAAAGACAUGGUGCCAUCCUUCCGCUUUGUGGCUUAUUAUCAUGUGGGAUCGUCUGAGGUGGUGUCUGAUUCAGUCUGGGUUGACGUGAAGGACACAUGCAUGGGAACGCUUAAAGUGGAAGUUCACGAUCCGGUCGAUGUGUAUGAGCCAGGUAAAGACUUUAGCCUAAGCAUAACAGGAGAUCCUGGGGCUAAAGUUGGGUUGGUGGCUGUGGAUAAAGGUGUCUAUGUUCUGAACAAUAAGAACAGGAUAACUCAAACAAAGAUCUGGGAUGUUGUUGAGUCACAUGACAUUGGCUGCACAGCAGGAAGUGGAAAAGACAGCAUGCAAGUCUUCAGCGAUGCCGGCCUGCUGUUUGAGUCCAGCUCUGCUGGAGGCACUGAUGUCAGGACAAAUAAUCAAUGCCAAUCUUCAUCACAAAGAAAAAGACGAGAUAUAACCUCAAUAGUUCUUCUGCGUUCUCUAUCGAACAAAUACUCUGGCAUUGAGAAAGAAUGCUGUUUGGAUGGAUUGAAGAAUAUUGAGGAUUUGAGCAUCACCUGUCAGUAUCGGGCAUCUUUCAUUGUGGAUGGAGAGGAGUGCAGACAGGCUUUCCUGCACUGCUGCAAUGUGAUAGCCGACUGUAAGGUCCAGACACUCGGCCCAAGGAAG